AUGUCUACUGGCAAGACUUACAGCAUCGCCUCGAUUCCCGCUGAUGGAAUUGGCCCCGAGGUCAUCGAGGCCGGCAUCACCGCCUUGAAUGCCUUGACCGAUACCCUCAAGACCUUCAAGCUGGACUUCAAGAACUAUGACUGGAGCUCUGAGACCUACAAGAAGACCGGCAAAUACAUCCCCGACGGCGGUCUUGAGGAAUUGAAGAAGCAUGAUGCCAUCUUCUUCGGUGCCGUUGGCGCGCCAGAUGUUCCCGAUCAUAUCUCCCUCUGGGGUCUCCGUCUUGCGAUUUGCCAGCCCUUCCAGCAGUACGCCAAUGUCCGUCCUACCAGAGUCUUCCGUGGCACUGAGUCGCCUCUGCGCAACUGCAAGACUGGCGACUUGGACUGGGUCAUCAUUCGCGAGAAUAGUGAGGGUGAAUACGCCGGCCAGGGUGGCCGCUCUCACACUGGCAAGCCGUGGGAGGUCGCGACCGAGACGGCGAUCUUCUCCCGCCAUGGCGUCGAGCGCAUCAUGCGCUUUGCCUUCGAGACUGCGCAGAAGCGACCGCGCAAGCUGUUAACCGUUGUCACUAAGAGCAAUGCCCAGCGCAACGGCAUGGUCCUCUGGGAUGAGGUUGCCAAGGCUGUCGCGGUCGACUUCCCCGAUGUCACUGUUGAUAAGAUGCUCGUCGAUGCCAUGACUACUCGCAUGGUCUUGAAGCCUGAGAGCCUGGAUACCAUUGUUGCCACAAACUUGCACGCUGAUAUCCUCUCUGAUCUUGCCGCUGCGCUGGCCGGAUCCAUUGGCAUUGCGCCCACCUCCAACCUCGACCCGACUCGCCAGUAUCCCAGCAUGUUCGAGCCCAUCCACGGCUCUGCCUUCGAUAUCACUGGCAUGGGUAUCUCGAACCCCGUGGCCACUUUCUGGACUGCGGCCGAGAUGCUCGCUUGGCUGGGCGAGGAGGACGCUUCCAAGAAGCUGCUGGAUUGCGUUGAGACUGUUUGCGAGAAGGGUGUUCUGACUCGCGACUUGGGUGGCCAGGCCACUACCAAGGAGGUGACUGAUGCUGUCGUGGCUGAGAUUCGGAAGCUGGCUUCCCAAUAA